UAGCCGCGCAUUUCCGCUGCAGGCGGCUUGUAGCGGCCCACCCCUUCCGCCACCGCCCCCCUGGGAGCUUGGCCCCAGUCCCAGCCCCGGACCCUAUAGUUCGUGCGGUGCUUCUGAGCGGCCGCUGAGCGCGCGCGUUCACGACCCACAAGGACCCGCGAGCUCCACCGCCGUGAUGAACAUCCGCAAUGCUAGGCCCGAGGACCUGAUGAACAUGCAGCACUGCAACCUCCUCUGCCUGCCCGAGAACUACCAGAUGAAGUACUAUUUCUAUCAUGGCCUCUCUUGGCCCCAGCUCUCUUACAUUGCUGAGGAUGAGAAUGGGAAGAUUGUGGGGUACGUCUUGGCCAAAAUGGAAGAGGACCCAGAUGACGUGCCCCACGGACAUAUCACCUCACUGGCUGUGAAGCGUUCCCACCGGCGCCUUGGCCUGGCUCAGAAGCUGAUGGACCAGGCCUCUCGAGCCAUGAUAGAGAACUUCAAUGCCAAAUAUGUCUCCCUGCAUGUCAGAAAGAGUAACCGGGCUGCUCUGCAUCUCUAUUCCAACACUCUCAACUUUCAAAUCAGUGAAGUGGAACCCAAAUACUAUGCAGAUGGAGAAGAUGCAUAUGCAAUGAAGCGGGACCUUACGCAGAUGGCUGACGAGCCAGCCCCAGGGCCUGGCUCCUCUUGUCUCCUGUCUGGAGACUUAGGCCCUGUCUCUUUCCACCCGCUUCCCUCUGGGCUCCCGGCGGCAGCUGAGGCGGCACCUGGAGCUGAAGGAAAAGGGCAGGCACAUGGUGCUGGCGGCCAUGGAGAACAAGGCGGAGAGCAAAGGCAGCGUGCUUCUGAGCUCGGGAGAGGCCUGUCGUGAGGAGAAGGGCCUGGCUGCUGAGGAUAGUGGUGGGGACAGCAAGGACCUCAGUGAGGUCAGCGAGACCACAGAGAGCACAGAUGUCAAAGACAGCUCAGAGGCCUCUGACUCUGCCUCCUAGAGCCUGCCCCACCUGUCCUCCCAUGUGCUUUUACAAUAAAUGUCACCCUCGGGGAAUUUGUGAAUGUGCA